CCAAAGACCAACGACAAUCACAACGACAAUCACAACUUCGCCAACCAAACUCAAUCCGCUCGAAAUACUCUGGGGCAUGGUUGCUCAAAGUCAAUAGACAUUCCUUAUUGUUGUGCGCCAUGGACGAAGUAGAAAGCACCAUUAUGAAGAAAUCCCAGAUUCGCCCACCAAGCCGCAUACCAUCACCUGGCAAGGGCUUGUCGGAAAUAACUGAGUCGCAAAACAAUUCUCGCCUUAGGCCUCCCGGAACAGUGCCGCAAAGCUUGAAAUACACAUACUCAACAGCCUCCUUACAGAUGGUCGGCAAUGAUGAGCCAAAACGAAAGACACUUGUGGAGCGCGCUGGAGAGCCUGCGAAACCAAAUACAAGCUUUGCGCCAGGACGCUCAGUAGUCAAAGGGACCUCUCUCACCAGUGCACGCAGCACGUCUAUGGCCUCAUCAACAUCAUCCCGGCCACAGUCUUCCUCCUCAAGAAAUACCUCAGCCAGCAGCUUUGCAAGUAGCGUCGGGCCAGGAGUUCGUCCUCCGUCGUCAUAUGGGGCCCGGCCACAGACUUCAAUGUCCAGGGCCAGGUCGAAUACAGCCUCAUCUAAGCGCCCCGCAACAGCAAUGGACGACCACCUUGAUCCUGGAGGCGGUCCAGCAACCGGAAAACGACAGGGAUGGGAUGUUCAUGGUCGCAUUGCAGACAUGGAAGCGAUGUACUUCGAAUUGAAAGACACUAUGGCAGAUACCAAUGUGGAGCGAAAAAGUCUCGAGGAGACCGUUAGGCACUACAAGAUCAAACUACUACAGCUGGAGUCGAAGAAUUCUGCACUUGAAGCCAAGAAAACGGCGUUGGAAUCCCAAAACAUGACUUACGACUCGAAAAUAGCUUCUCAGCAGGCGGAACUGGAUGCUGCAAGGCAGCGCGCUAAUACUAUGAUGACAGCUGCAGAUGAUGACCGACGAUCUCAUCGCAUCGAACUGGAUGAUGCCAUUCACAACCAUCGUCGGGAGUUGGAUCAACUACGCCGAGAUAUGACAGAAGAGAUUGACCGCCUGAAGAAGACUCACCAGAGAAAUACUGAUGACGAAUUUGAAAGAUUGGAUAAAGCCCAUCGAGACGAAAUCCGAGAACUAGAGCGCCGAAAUGCUUCGCACCUUGAAGAAGAAGAACGUCGCCGUGUACAAGACCUCUAUGAAGUAAAGAAGCAAAUAACUCUUGAACAACAAAAUCUCGAUCUGGCAGUUGGUAAUAAAGACCGCGAAAUCCAAAGUAUGCGGGAACAAAUUGAGCAGAUGAAGGCGGAGCUUGAUCAAGAACAAACCUCCAAGGCAAACCUGCAGAAGUCACUGAAUGACUCGUCUUCGUCUGUUGUGAACCUCGAGGGAACUGUGCGUUCAUUACGUGACAGGAUCCAGUUUCUUGAAUCUGGAAGCCAAGCACAAUCUGACCGAUUUGAGCUCAUGGAAAAGCAGUUGCAGGACGCAUUAGAGCAGGCUCAAGAAUCGAAAUCUAAGCUCACCAAAGAAGAGACUCUCCGCCGCAUUCUUUUCAACCAAGUCCAAGAGCUUAAAGGUAACAUUCGAGUCAUGUGCCGAGUACGACCGACAAAUCCAUCGGAGGAGGUAGCGAAGAUUCUGUAUCCGGAUAUUGACAAGGAGUCCAAAGAAUUGGAACUCCAAGGGCCAGAAGAGAAGAGCAGCCUUGGGACAAUAACUCGGAAGACCAACGCAUUCACGUUUGAUCGCACCUUUGGACCAUCUACUACAAAUGAGGAGGUUUUUAGUGAAAUAUCACAGCUUGUGCAGAGCGCAUUGGAUGGUUACAAUGUUUGCAUCUUCUGUUAUGGCCAAACAGGAGCAGGAAAGACGCACACAAUGUCUUCAUCGGACGGCAUGAUUCCACGAGCCACACACAUGAUAUACGAAAAAGCCACUGAGUUACAAGACAAGGGGUGGACGUAUUCAAUGGAAGGUUCAUUUGUGGAAGUCUACAACGAAGAAAUCCAUGAUCUUCUGGGCAACCCCAGGGAAUUCGACAAAGUCAAGCACGAAAUUCGCCACGACGAAAAGAAGAAACAGACGGCUGUCACCAACCUUAAAUCCGUUGAGCUCGACUCACCAGAUGCUGUGGAAUCUAUCCUAAGGCGAGCUGACGCCAACCGGAGCGUGGCGGCUACGAAAUCUAACGAGCGUUCUUCUCGGUCGCAUUCUGUCUUCAUUUUGAAGCUUAUUGGUCGCAACAGCACCACUGGCGAGACUUCGGAAGGGACAUUAAAUCUUGUCGACCUGGCUGGAUCAGAGAGACUUAAGCAGUCGGGUGCGGAGGGUGAUCGAAUGAAGGAGACACAGAACAUUAACAAAAGUUUAAGCUGUCUGGGAGAUGUAAUCGGCGCUUUGGGCCAGGGCAAGGAAGGAGGUCAUAUCCCUUAUCGGAACUCGAAGUUGACCUACCUUCUCCAAUACUCCCUCGGAGGCAACUCCAAGACGCUCAUGUUUGUCAUGAUCAGCCCUCUUGAGGCUCAUAUAAAAGAGACGUUGACGAGCUUGAAGUUUGCCACGAAGGUGCACAACACUCACAUCGGGACAGCCAAAAAGACUACCAGAGUGAAGGAGAGGGAUGCAUGAUAUGCCACUGCGUAAUGUUAGAAGCAACCUGUAGAUUGGCUGGUAGCCACUGCUACCUGCUAUUGUAAGCAUUGGGCAUGAUGAGAUUACGGACUAUUUGGGGCUGGAGUUGAGGCGUAUCGGUAUUGGACUUAUUGUGGCGAUUUAUGUAUCACACACCUAUAGUGCUCCUGGUCUACUAUAGGUGAUUUCUGAAUGGAAAAGAAGUAUUACAGUUAGUUGUAUCUGGUACAAGCAUACCCCGUAAUGAUUUCAAAUCCACUCAUUACAAGUCAUAUAAUAUUAAACUGAGCAUAAC